ACCUACGUCAUGUUUGUGCGACAACAGCCGUCAGGGCAUGACUUUUCCCGUCAAGUUCUUAGGCACUCUGUGAAGAAUUGUUUGUUCUGUUUUGUUUUGUUUAUUUAUAUCAGUCCGUGUAGCGGUCAGGUUCGGGAUGUCUUUUCACAGAUUACUAAAAUGCAAAACUCUUCAGGCGUUAUCAUGUAGACAGACACAGAGGUCUUUUUCGACCAACACUGCAGGAGAGAUCCGCAUUACUAAAAUACUGAAAGAGAAGUUUCCCCAAGCUUUGUCUCUCAAAGUUGUGGAUAUAUCCGGCGGCUGCGGAGCGAUGUAUGAAAUCCACAUCGAGUCAGAUGAAUUCAGAGGGAAGAGAACAGUGAAGCAGCACCAGUUAGUGAAUGAGGCGCUCAAAGAAGAGAUUAAAGAGAUGCAUGGACUGCGGAUCUUCACAGAAGUUCCAAAAAAGUAGAAUCUGCACUAGAGUUCUUCACUCCACCAAGCCCAGACUUAUGCUGGAAACUGGUGUCAUGGGUUGGACCUGAUUAUCACUAAUGAAUAUAUAUUUUAAGUAUCUCAGAUAAACUAUUACAUGACAUUAAAAAAAAAAAUCUAGAAAACCUUUGAAAGACAAGCUUUAACGGGUCUCAUUUAUCGAUCGUUUAGUACAGCCGUGUGUAAAAGUUUUUGUAGGCCAGACCAAACGAAAAAUCUGUGCCAGAUUUAUAAAAGAUUCGAUUUUCUUCCUACUCACAUAUGUCGGUAAUGCAAAUCAGUCGUAAAUGACCAAGUGUGAUCACGACAAAGCUGAUUUACAUUGAGUGAUGCCCACAAAACUCCAUAAAAGGCAAAGCUCACAGAGUUAAAAAAAAAAAAAAAAAAAGACCAAAAAUGAUGACUAAACGCUGAAGGAACACCUCGUUAGUGUGGCUUGCUCUAAAUCUUCCAGAAUUUCAGUUUUGCCACUGCAGUGCAUCAACCACUAUAGACACACACUAACACCUCCCCUUUAUAUAGGGUGUCAUUACUUUUGUCCUAAUUGAAUGGCUAGUCUUAUUCGUCUUCAUUUAUGGAUUUGUCAUGGACUGUUUUCUUUCAAAUCAUUAAUCUGAAAUGACUAAAUUUCACGCUGAAGUAAGUGAUUUAAACUUCACGGUUGAUUUGCAGUAUUGUCGAUUUAAUAUGGUUUGAAGCCCAUCGUUAUACGUGUACACAAAGUCAGGAGUUCUCAUAGGAUAUGAAAGUUUUUUGUUUUUUUUGAAUGAAGUGGAUUUUCAUGAACUACAUUUGUUGUGUAAAUGCUCCUGUGAAUGAUUUACGAAUACAUUCUUUGAACGCAGCUUGGUAAAUGAGGCCCGUUAUUGUUGGUAUUAUUGUUCUACCGUACGCACAAAACGUGACUUGAAUGCUGCAAUGCGCACAGAAAUAACACAAUAUCACAAAGCCACUGUUGUAUCUUGAGAAAACCACAUGGAAAGCAACUCAGAAAAGCUAUUACUGUUGGUGUUAUUCACAACACUGAUGAUACUUGACUAAUCAUAAAUAAUUGCUUUCAAACACUUCUGCAUUUGUUGUUAUUUAUGACACUUCUAUGUUUUUCUCCGUGUUCUGAUUAUGAUGAUUAGGAAUUGAAAGCCAUUAAAUCUCAUUCCUUUUCUGUUGUCAUUUUCUUAUAUAUGAUCAAAUAGUACAGAUCUUGGAAAAAUAUCAUGUGUGCACGGAUAAAACAGAUUAUGUUAUCAGGCACAAACAUCAUCUUAAGUGUAUUUAGCAUGAAUUUCCUUAAAAAUGAUGUGAAUGACAUGUUGAUCCACAAGAUGUCAGGUUUUCCUUGAAGUCCAUAAACGUUAAAUGUUCCUGAACUUUUUAUAAGGAUGAAGCAUUACCGAAUAAAUUUUAUUUGGUACUUACAA